AUGGGUUCUUCCAACCACGAAAAAGGUAGUUCCUAUCCAGAAUCAUCACCACAAUCCACUUACUAUUCCUCAGGAAAAUCCGUCGACGCACCACCACCAACCAACAUGUACCCGACCCAUCCACCACCACCAAUGUAUUAUCCACACCCUCAAGGAUACCCACAAUACCAUAAUGCUUACCCUCCCGGGUACCAUUACCCCCAACCCGCACCUUACUAUGGUCCCCCUCCCUCCUAUGAAAGCUCUUCUUCAUCUUGUGCUCGGUGCUGCCGAAGCCUCCUCUCGUGUUUCAUAAUGAUCGUCGCGCUUCUUUUUCUCAUGACCAUCCUCCUAGCUUUGAUGCUGCGUCCGCAACUACCCGUGUACAAGGUUUCCUCCUUCGCCGUUAAAAACUUCACAACCUCGCCAACCCUAGCUGGCCAAUGGGACAUUAAAAUGGCCAUGGGAAACCCUAACGACAAACUCAUCACAUUUUUCUCCGACUUUAAGGUUGACAUCGGGUACAAGGACGGUGUUGUGGCGAUUAGUCGUGCGUCUGGAGUUGCCUUGAACACGAAGGAACAUGCGGACGUGGACAUGAGGGGUUUGUUCGACCACGGGAAUGGAAAUUCAUUGGACAAGAAAAUAAAGGAUGACUUGGUCAAAGAACGAGGUACCGACUCCAUUACCUUCACUUUGAGGGUGUCUUCCAUGGUCGUGUUUAAGUCUGGUUCCGUUUCAACGAGGAGCGAAGAGAUCAUGGCAGUUUGUGAUGGGUUGAAGAUCAAGUUUCAAAAUAAUGAUGCUACUGAUGGGGAAUUGGACAAUAAGGGAAAUCCUAUUCAAUGCCUGCUAUAUGUUUGA